AUGACGGCCGUCGGCGAUGACGGGACGGCGAAGCCUGCCGACCGUCAGUUUAGACGGAAGUACGCGCUGACGGACGUGCUGCGGACGUCUGCGGGCCUCGACCCGUUACCUGCAACCCGCCUCCUUCCCUGCAUCCCGCCUCCUUCCCUGCAUCCCGCCUCCUUCCCUGCAUCCCGCCUCCUUCCCUGCAUCCCGCCUCCUUCCCUGCAUCCCGCCAGCCCCUUUCCUCCUCGCGUCCUCCCUCCGCCCCUCCUCACCAUUUCCUUCCGCGCCUCCCUCGGCCCUCUCUCUGUCAUUUUUAUCUUCAAGAAUAUGAGACGCUGCCCGCGGCAGUACAAGCAGGAUAUGGAGUCCCUGUUUCCCGGGCAGGACGUGUCGAAACUUUUGAUUCUGCCCACGCAGCAGAGGGCGCGGGUGGAUCUGGUGAACACAGGCGAGGAGGUUGAGAAGGAGAAGGACCGUCUAUUGGAGACGUUCGCAGCGUUUACCUCGGCUCUUGUGGAGCGCCUCUCUCAGCAGGGCCACUUUGCCGACUACAUCGACCCCUGCUCUGGCCUCCCUAUGGUGAACCGCAAUAGUCAAACAUACUAUGGGGAGGUGGAAGCAGCACAGACGCUGCUGGGAUACCCCGUGGCCAACGCUGGCUGCUGUAAGGUGCUGCUACACCCCCAGUGGGGCUCUGCCGUCUACCCAGCCACCUUCUUCACGUCCGCUCCCCUUGAUGUACUGCUAGAGGCGUUGAAACAUGUCAACUGA